AUGUCCAUCUCCUCGGUCCCGCCGGUUCUAUGCCCCGUUCCGAUCCUCUUGGCGCCAACUCUCAGGGAUCCACUAGUUGUGGUUCAAUUCUGGAAACAUCUGCACAUGCACCAUAUGAGAAAGUUUGAAAACUACUGCUCCCGCGCCCGAAUGGUCCCCUGGAUCGGCGUGUUCCUCGACAUUCUCUACAUCAUCGUCUACGUGCUCAUUUUCUACGCUCACAUCGUGGACCCCGGCGACCUGGCCUACAUCCACUUGGUCCUAUAUUUCCGUCUGAUCGUCACGGUUCUCACGGCGGUCACCUGGGCGCUGCUCCUCGAAUUCCGACGCUUCCACGUAUCCUGGGCGGCGAGCAACUUGUGGUCCUGCUCGCUCAGCCGACCAAUUCUCAAUUUUCUCGAGCUCCUCCUCCUCGGCUACUGGAUCUUUGCGGAUCCUUUAAAGACCCUUGUCAUCAUUGGACUUUUGGCCAUUUGGAAUGCCGCACACUUUUUGGGUAAGCCAGUUUUGUCGUUUAGAACGUUUGUAAGACGCUAAAUUGUUCAGGAAUCGUGUACGUUUUGGUGUUCAUUGUGGCUCCAAUCGGUGCAUUUUUGGAGCAAGAGGAUCUGGAAGAAGAAGAAGACUCAUAA